AGGGAGAGAGAGAGAGAGGGACGGCUGUGAUCUGGUCAGCCGUGAGAGCAACGAGUGAGGUUGGAUGGAAGGGAACGGGAUAGGCACGAGCUGGAUUUGGCAACCCAAAACUGUUAUCCCCUCCGCCAUUGACUCUUCUCUCGAAUCCAAAGCGCACGGCACAGGCACACAAGAAUCCUCCCUCUUUUUCCUUUUUUCCAUUUCAUUCUGGGCGGCCAAGUCCUCUCCUUUCUCUCUCUCUCCAUCACCUUGCUCUUCCUCCUCGAUUCGAUCCGAACCCAUCCGAUUCGGAAGAGAGGUACUCACUUGCCCCAACCACUCCGCGCGAUCGAAGCAAGGCGGGCUCGAUUUUUCCGGCACUAAUUCGUCGGCAGUGGUGAUGCCGCUUGUGGAAUCGCCUCAAUGGCGCCGGAAGGCGACCGAUUUCUUCUCUUCAUCUAGUUUCAAGCUGAAGCAGGCAGGGCAAUCUGCAGGGGAUAAUAUAGCUGAUGUUGCUGGGAAGGUUGGAACAGUGGUGAAGAGUCGGUGGGCUAUCUUCCAGGAUGCUAGACAGCGACCGCCACUACCUGGAGAUACCGUGCAGGAGCGCUUCAUCUCUGCUGCCGCUAACACUGGAGUGAUUCUGAGGAAGGGCAUUUCAGAGACAAAGGAGAAGGUCGCAGUUGGAAAGGUCAAAGUUGAAGAGGCUGCCAAAAAAACUGCGGAUAAAAGCAAAACUAUUUUGAACAAUAUUGAACGCUGGCAGAAGGGAGUUGCCAGCAGUGACGUUUUUGGUGUUCCUGUUGAAGCCACUGCACAACGGGAGCAAUCUGGUAAAGCUGUGCCUCUGAUACUCGUGAGGUGUGCAGACCACUUGGUUAUAUCAGGCUUGAGUAAUGAGUACUUGUUCAAAUCUGAAGGCGACAGAAAAGUUCUUCAGCAACUAGUUUCACUUUACAAUGAGGAUUCGGGUGCAUCUUUGCCUGAUGGUGUUAGCCCUAUUGAUGUAGCUGCACUGAUCAAGUGCUACCUUGCCAGCAUCCCCGAACCGCUUACGACGUUUGCUCUUUAUGAUGAGCUUAAAGAUGCGAGGGUUAGCAUUGAUGAUCUUAAGAACAUACUGAAGAAGCUUCCAAAUGUGAACUACAUGACACUAGAAUUUGUUACAUCAUUGCUACUGAGAGUAAGCCGUAAAUCAGCACUCAACAAGCAAAUUUUGGUGCCAAGUGCAGAUGGACUCUCGUACCCUUGCUGUGGAGUUCGCACCUUUGAUCAUAUGGCAACAAGGGGAUUCUGGAACAGAUUUGCGGAAUCAUCUCAGAUUCACACUGAAACCACCUCCAAAAAUCGUGGACACAACAAGUACCAUUACAUGGGACUUGCUAGAUGAGGAUGAUGUGGAUGCUUCGUCACAAAUCCCCUUGGAUGAUGCUUCGCCUCCAGACUACGGUGCCAUUGAGGUGAUCCAGUGCUUGAUUGAGCAUCACAAUCCCAUAUUCACGGAUGCAAACGAGACUGUAUGGAGAUGACCUGGCAGGCUCAUCUUUAGAUUUCUGUGGUAUUUAGCUCGUGCUAUGUACAAGUUCCAGGUCGUAGGAUGGCGAAUAAGCCUCAGGGACAAGCAUUUUGGUCCAAACUUCUUUUUCUUUUUGUGGGAGUAAAAGUAGGAACUGUACAUAUUAAUUGUCCACAUGACAGAGUUGUCUUUGUGGGAUUUGCCUCGACAUGUGAACAUGUUUGAAUACAUUUAAUUUAGAUUUUCAGAAUUGUUAAAA